AUAAUCGAUAACAAAUUACAAUUUAAUAUUUAAGGAUAGAAAAGAUUUGGAGAUACCUUUUAAAAGAUUUAUUUACUGAUAGCAACAAACUGAAUGUAGUGAAAUGACCUGAGAUAUGAAAGGAUAAAUUCGCAGCAACAAUAAAGUCAUGUUUGCAUCCAAAGCCUUUAUAUAAUUAAAACUGGCGCGGGAUAAUACGAGCUCUCGAUUAUUAAUAACAGGAAAAAAGAAAAAUAGAUUUAAAGACGUAUAAUGGAAAUAGAUGUUCAAAAAAUCACAGAAAUCGAAAAAUCCAUGGAUAUGAAUUCUGAUAAAACAUUUGAUCAAGUACCUAAUUAUAUUCAUACGGAUUUAAUAGCUUCAGAAAAUAUUGAAAUUUCUCAUCAGGAAGAAAAUGAAAAUCCAGUUGUAUCCGAAGAUGAGGAUUUAAGACAGUUUGAUGUACUAGAUGAUCUGGAACGUCAUACUAAUCAGGAUGGCUCGGAUUCAGAGGGUUGUUCAAAUGAUAGUAUUGAUUCCGAUAUACCGGAUGAUGAAAUUGAAGCAAUGCUGGAAGAGGGAUUACCAGAUGAAUUUAAAGGGAAACGAUCUGAUAAGAGAAAUGAUAUGCUUUACGAAGAGAAAGAAAAGCUAGUUUUAGAUGAAAUAGGUCACAAUCAUUUUGACGUAUUGCCAGAAGGUUGGGUACAGGUAACUCAUAAUAGUGGUAUGCCUUUAUAUUUGCACAAACAGAGUAGAGUAUGUACAUUAUCAAAACCUUAUUUUCUUGGACCGGGCAGUGUAAGAAAACAUGAAGUACCUGUAAGUGCCAUCCCUUGUUUGCAAUACAAGAGAGCAUUAAAGGAGGAGGAAGAAGAAAAACAGAAGGAUAAAGAAAGAACGCAGGCUGCACAGGCUUGCAGUUUACCUAAUGCUAAAAUUGAAACAAUUCAAGAAAAUCGAGCGACACAAUCUCUUGAUGGUGAAAAUCUUAGAAAUUAUUGUCAAUCGUUGUUUCGUUUUAAAUCUAUUAAGGUCAUGAGAUUUAAGUCUUGGUCGCAAAGACGAAAAUUUACAAAAAAUAAGAAACAACGUAAGCAACUGGAACGCCCGACACUGCCCGACGGUACAAAAUUGAUCACAUUUCCAGUAGUGAAUAACACAAUUUAUUCAGGUAGUAAUUCUACACAAGAAGAAGAACCAGCUAGUAGACCACCAAAACAUUGGAUUAUGAAUCCUUCUGGUAAAAGCUAUGUAUGUAUCUUACACGAAUAUGUACAACACGCUUUAAAAAAGCAACCCACUUAUAAAUUUAAAGAAUUGGAAAAUGCUGCGACACCUUAUUCUGCAGUGGUAUGCAUUAAUGACAUGGAAUACGGCAGUGGUUUUGGAAGCAGUAAAAAGCAAGCUAAAGCUAAUGCAGCGCGAAAAACCUUAGAGAUAUUAAUACCACAAAUGAGGGAUAAAAUUUCAGGUGACUCUGCAGCAGAUAAUUCCUCAAAUUCUAGUCAGACAAUUAAAGCUUCAAGGGUCAAUUCAGAUGCAGAUCUAUCAUUUUUUGAUGAAAUUUCUAUUACUGAUCCAAGAGUCGCUGAGUUUUGUACAAAAACCACUGAACCUUUACCACAUGCAAUAUUGAUAACAUGUCUACAAAGGAACUUUGGGCUUGGUGAUAUGCACAUAAAUUAUUCUGUUAAUACCUUAAAACACCAGCGUAAUGAAUUCACAAUGAGAGUGGGAAAGCACGAGGCUACCGUCAUAUGUCGAAAUAAAAAGGAUGGUAAACAGCGCGCAGCUCAAGCAAUAUUACAAUUGCUGCAUCCACAUGUCCACUCUUGGGGUUCAUUACUAAGAUUGUAUGGAUCUCGAAGUGUUAAGUCUUUCAAAGAAAAAAAACAAUUAGAACAAGAAAUUACAUUACUUCAGGGCAAGGCAGCAGUUAAUCAACCAAAUCAUGCUAUUUUAGAAAAACUCAGACAAGAAAUGAGAAAAUUAGCGAAACAAAGACAAGCAGUAAAACCAAUAGGAAAAUUUGUACCUCCCGAUUUACCCACAGGAUCAUCCUCCAACUUAGAUAAUGUUGAUUUAUAAUAUAAUAUACAAAAUAACGAAU